AAAUGGCGACGCCCAUGAAGCAAAAAUAGAAAUAAACCGUCAAAGAUAAACCUUACUUUUAGAUAGAUUUAAGAUGAUUUUUAAUUCUAAAAAUGAAUGACAAGGAUUUUGCACCUCUCACACCAAUUUGUGUCAAAAAUCUUAGCGACAGAUUAUAUGAGAAACGUAAAACUGGUGCUAUUGAAGUUGAAAGAAUUGUCAAAGAUUUGGUAACAAAUAGCAAGAGAUCACAGAUAAAGAGAGUCCUGAAGAUUCUUGGUGAUGAUUUUGCAUUAUCUAAUAAUCCUAAUGCAAGGAAUGGUGGCUUUAUUGGAUUAGCAGCUUCAGCAAUAGCACUUGGAAAAGAAGCCAACAACUAUGUAGAAGACUUGAUUCGUCCAGUUGUUCCAUCAUUUACUGAUCAAGAUAGCCGUGUUCGUUAUUAUGCCUGUGAAGCACUGUACAACAUUUGUAAAGUCUGCAGAGGGUUUGUGCUGCCAUACUUCAAUGAAAUCUUUGAUGGUGUUAGCAAGUUAAUAGCAGAUACUGAAGUAAAUGUAAAGAAUGGUGCAGAAGUUCUGGACAGACUCAUAAAGGACAUAGUUACAGAAAGUUCCUCAUUUGAUCUUAAAGCUUUCAUUCCCCUCCUCAGAGAGAGGGUUUACGCCAGGGAUCCUUAUGCUAGACAGUUCAUUGUAUCAUGGGUAGCUGUAUUAGAUGCGGUACCAGAUAUCAACAUGCUGGUUUUAUUACCAGAAAUUCUGGAUGGAUUGUUUAAGAUACUUGGAGAUCAGAAACCAGAAAUAAGAAAGAUGUGUGAGAAUGUAUUGAAAGAUUUCCUGAACAGUAUAGAUACAAACCCAGCAGAAGUCAAGUUUGAAGGAAUGUCAAAUAUACUCAUAUUGAACUGUCAUAAUGAUGAUGAGAUUAUCCAGUGUACAGCUAUGACCUGGCUUACGGUAUUUAUAUCUAAAGCUGGAAGGACAAUGCUCCUAAAUGCUCCAGGCAUUAUAAAGGCUGUUCUGCCUUGUCUCACCAACAACUCUCCUAAAGUUGUUUUAGAUGCUGCAAGGAAACUUAAUUCAGAAAUGAAGACCCUAAUAUGUGAGCAGGAUGAUUCUCCCACACCUCUGUUGGGAAGUCCAAUAGAUGGUGAAAUUAAAGACCAAACAGACACUGACAAAGAGGAAAUAAUCUAUGAUAAAACUGGUGACAGAGUGAUACAGUUAGAUGUGAAAAAUGUUAUCAGUGUUUUGUGUCACAUGUUAGAGAAUGGACAUUUCCAAUCUAAGAUUGCUGUUCUUGAUUGGAUAAAUCAUUUACUACAGAAAGUUCCAAAUAAAACAUUCCUGAAUAUGGAUAUUUUAUUCCCAGCUUUGCUUAGAUGUUUAACAGAUGAAUCUGAGGAGGUUGUGUUAUUAGAUUUAGAAGCAUUAGCUGAGAUUUCUUCAAACCCUUCAGGUCAAAUAACUCCUGACCUACAGAUGGCAGUAGAGAAACCACCAAGGGAGUUAACUCCUGAUAGGAAAGAUAAGAAGGACAAAGAGGGUAAAAAACGUCCUUCUGAUCCAAGACAAUCAGCUGUUAGAAAGGGAGAUAAUUCAUCUAAAUUGCCAAAAGCAAAGCUAACUGUUGAAUAUGAAUCUAAGCAUGGAUUAAAUGUGUAUUUUACAAAGUUCAUGGUCAGUCUGCUGGACAUGUUUAAAGUCGAUCAACAGUCUACAGAACCAAAGGAAAGAGAAUAUUUUAUCAUCCGACAAUUGUCCCAUUUACUGAAUGCAGAAGAUAUUUUUCAGUCAUUUUCUAAAAUCCUUGUUAUAGAGGAAGAUUUAGACUUUGCCAAGAAGAUGGUGCAAACACUUAACACAAUACUAUUAACCUCAACUGAAUUGUUUGGUUUGAGAAGCCAACUUAAAACUUUAAAUUCUCAGGAUAGCUGUUCCUUAUUUUGUAACCUGUAUAUGUCAUGGUGUCACAGUCCCAUAGCAACAGUCGCUCUGUGUUUCCUGUCACAGAACUACAGUCAUGCCUGUCAACUACUACAGACAUUUGGUGAUUUAGAAGUUACUGUAGAUUUCCUUAAAGAAAUUGAUAAGCUGGUUCAGCUGAUAGAGUCUCCUAUAUUUGCAUAUCUACGUUUACAAUUAUUAGAUGUCCAGAAUAACCAAGAUUUAAUCAAGAGUUUAUAUGGACUAUUGAUGCUGUUACCACAAUCAGAAGCAUUUAAACUAUUAAGAUAUCGACUGGACUGUAUACCACAUUAUCAGCUAGCCUUAAUGAAUGAUAAGCAAAAGACAAAAUCAUCAGUAGCUGACCAGAGACCAUUUGUAUCUCACCUUAACUUCCUAGACCUACUGCAACAUUUCAAACAAGUUCAAGAAAAACACAGACAGAAAGCUAUUGCUGUUAAACAAAGGAGAUGAUACUCAUCUAACAUUAUAGAUUAUUCAAAUACUGAAUAUUUUAGUACCAUAGAUUCAGUGUUAAUUGUUGCAAACAAAAGCAUGUACAACUGUGGACAAUAUGUCACUGAUUAAUACUAAUCUUGAACAGAAUGAAGAAGACUACAACUAGCCAAAAAAAAAUCAGACUUGAGGGCAUAAAACUUUGCUCAGUGCUCUGAGCACAAAAAUCAUGCUCGAAACAUGAAAUUCGGUUAUUUGAUUGGUUGAUUUUUGAGUCUGAGUACAAAAAUCAUGCUCCAAAGUUUUAUGUCCGUGAGGCCAGGUUUGAACUAAUUCAGUGUUAGUCUUGAAUAUAGAUGGAGAUGUGGUAUGAUUGCCAAUGAGACAAGUAUACAUAAAGACCAAGAUGUAAACAAUUUGUUUCAUUAAUGGUUAUUACGAUAUUACAUUCAUUUCUAAAUUUGCUGUAAAUGGUCUACUGAUUGUUGAUUGUAUUAGCUUUUAAAACAAACUGUUACACAAGUUUUUGUCUGCCUUGCUUCUCUGCUUUAAUUGUCAGCUUAAAACAGAA